AUGCCGAUCCUUUCUGCGGAUGGCAGAGAAAUGGAGAGCGAAGCUGCUGCGGCUCAGAAGCCGGAUGCGCCGCCCAGCUGGUCGGGAGCGACAUCACAAGAUACGGGCGGGGAGGUGGAAGGCGCAGACUUGCCGAUUGCAAAUAUUUCCAGGAUUAUGAAGCGUUCCUUGCCGGAUAACGGCAAGAUCGCAAAGAACGCAAAGGAAUGCAUGCAAGAAUGUGUAAGUGAGCUUAUCAGCUUCAUCACAUCGGAAGCGAGCGAUCGCUGCGGCAGCGAGAAACGCAAAACAAUCAAUGGAGACGAUAUUCUUUACUCGUUACGCGUUCUUGGCUUUGACAACUACGAACAAGUGUUAAAAGUAUACCUUAGUCGCUAUCGCCAGGCUCAGGAAGAGAACCCACGUCAGCGCCGUCGACGAAACACCAAAACGCGUAUUCCAAACGCGGAUGACGCGUCUGGUAGUGCCGGCACAGCCGGCGAGGAGGAAGACGGUGGUGAGCUCGAUAGCGACGAUGGGGAAGAGGAAGAACAAGAGUGA